CGAAUCCGGCCUUCCCGCUGCCGUGUGUGUGUCUCCUGCUGUGCGGUGCGGUGUUCGGGCGAGCGUUUGGGCGGAUCGGCGGGCUCGGGCGGCGGUGUUGACCCCAUGUGCAGCACCAAGAAUGAUCUGGACGUCGACUGGUUGCUGGGGGAGCUUCUGGCCGUGCGGAACCACCCCGGGAAACAGGUCCAACUGCCUGAGAACCAGAUCCGCCAGCUGUGUCAGAUGUCGCGCGCUCUCUUCCUGGAACAGCCGAUCUUCCUGGAACUGAACGCACCCAUCAACAUCAUCGGGGACAUCCACGGGCAGUACGAGGACCUGCUCAGGCACUUCGACAAGUGCGGCUUCCCGCCUGACGCCAACUACCUCUUUCUGGGGGACUACGUGGACAGAGGAAAACGUUCGCUGGAGACGAUCUGUCUGGUCCUGGCCUACAAGAUCAAGUACCCAAACAACUUCUUCCUUCUGAGGGGGAAUCAUGAGUGCGCCAGUAUCAACAGGAUUUACGGCUUCUACGACGAAUGCAAAAGAAGAUACAACAUCAAGCUGUGGAAGACCUUCACAGAUUGCUUCAACUGCUUGCCCAUAGCUGCACUGGUGGAAGGGACCAUUUUCUGCACACACGGUGGCCUUUCUCCCGACCUGGCCGACUUACGACAGCUGCGUGAAAUUGACCGUCCUCUGGACGUGCCUGACCAUGGCCUCGUGUGCGACCUUCUGUGGUCAGACCCAGAUGAGGACAUCACGGGGUGGGGUGAGAACGACCGCGGCGUGUCCUACACGUUCGGCGGGGAUGUGGUCAGGAACUUCCUGAAGAAGCACGACUGCAGCCUGAUCGUGCGCGCGCACCAGGUCGUGGAGGACGGGUACGCUUUCUUCCAGAAGAGAAAGCUGGUGACAUUAUUCAGCGCGCCCAACUACUGUGGCGAGUUCGACAACGCGGGAGGGGCGAUGAUAGUGUCUGAAAACCUCACCUGCUCCUUCAGUAUCUUACCGCCAAAGUCGAAGUUUAAGGGUCUGAAGUCGUCCAAGAAGAACAGCAAAACCUGAGACGGUACCACAAAGUCGACAAGAUGCUGGGUAGUUUCCUGUACUGUGACACACGAGGAGUAACAUCUAGUAUCAGGAAGAAGCGUCUGUACAGAGAGCCGAUUUUGUACAGUGGUGUUUACCGGACUUGUAUAGAACCAGUGAUGAGACUUGUAGAACUGAUGACGUCUAGUGUGGUGCCCUAAAUGAGCUGAUUGAAUACGAGAGAAAUAGGUUUUUCUGUGGAAGAUGAUCAUAGACAAAUCAAACAAUAAUCCGACUGCAUCAACUAUAUGUCCAAGAAUAUUCAAAAGAAAAUCCAGGGCAGACCAUUCAUAUUUGAUGGAAUAAAGUUUGUAUUAUUUUGAACAUGAUAGAAAGGGCACGAGUUGGUGCCAUCACCCAUCAACCCAACCCAACUCACCUCUAUAUCGGUCACGUCUUACACAUAUCACAUAUCAAUAAGUGAGGUAACAUGUUCACGUCUGGUCUGGGAGGGUAUUUAAUAUUGAGAAGGACUAUUAAAAUCUGCAGGUAUCAACAGUCACGUUUACAUUGAAAUACGGUUGUCCUUCAUUCUUAAUUGAUUUAAGGUAGUAAAAGUUAAGACAGCGCUUUAGAACAUUUCCACUUUAAUGAAGUAACUAUUACCUUGCGUCUAGACAUGAUGUUAUUGCCAUGAUUCCAGUGGAUACAACUUGCGGCGCGGCCUAAUGUACGUAAUGUGCCUGGGGAGGUGAUAACAGUGCUAUAUUCAUGUGUAAGGCCUGAGGGUAGCGCUACAGUGGUCUGAUACGCGCUCCAAAUAUAUCAACUCUUCUGACAAGGAUCUUGACGUGCAUAUUCUUAGGCCAGCUGUUGCAAAGAAUCCGUUGAGCAAACUAAGGCAAGGAAGAUGUAUUUAGUAUUCCAUCAGGAAGGUUCGAGUGCAUUUGAGUUCAGUUCAGUAAAAUGAUUGUCACCUCUCCGUAAUGAACUGAACCAGAUUUAGUUGUAAGGGCCCGCCCAGUCACAUGCUUUGUUUUGUACGUCGUGCGAUCACAAACUGACAGCAUUCUUGGCUCUUGAGAUAGUCGUGAAUGGCGUGAAUGUGUCCUGCAGAAUUCAGCUCUCUUGUUACGAAAAAAGGCUGUCUUUGAUCCAUCUAGGUGAUUUUGUUGGCUCGGAAACACUGCGAUGUAAAAAAUGUACCACGACCUACGAUGAAUGUGACCGUGCCAUAAGGCAAUAAACCGAAGGAGGAAAAUAACUUGUUGCUGAGGCUUGGAAAAAUCAAUGCCUCAUACACCCAUGUACCAUAGUAUAAUGGAAUGGCCCAAAGACGUACACCGACCCUUGCACUUAAAAUGGAACUACCCCUGAUGUCUCAGAGCAGUGGCAUGCGACUGAGAGGUGAUAUCUACAUGUAGCAGCCAUAAAUUCUCUUCUUCAUGUCUAAGUGGAGUGCACUGAAAAGGUCAUACAUGGAAUGGUUCACGGUUAAGUUUGUGUUAGAGUUAAAGGCACUGGAGACUGUUACGUGCCUGUGUGUAUUCAUGUAGCAUUAGGUGUAUUGGUUAAUACAUGUACUAGCAUUAUGUCAGACUGAAUGUUCCACCCAUUCAUAACGAAUCAACAAGGACAAAACUAUCUGCAAACAUAUAGGUAAAAUAGUUCGUAAUACAUGUUUUUAUCAAAGAGAUGUAACCAAUUCAGACUACAGAUAAAUUGAUGAAAACAUUCAAGAGGUAACAUUGCUUUUGAUCUUGUAAAGAUACAUGUAUAUUGUUGCACCAUGUGUAUUCAAACACCCUCUUGGCAAGACAGGCAACCUGUUGUCUUAUUCGAAAGUCGUGAUAUUGAUAUUUAUGUACAGUCUGUACAUCAACACAACCGAUAUUUUGUGCAGAUGCAUAGUGGUGACUUUUGUGUGUGAGUACCUUUUAUGAGAUUCUUUUUUGAAUGAUAAUGUGGAGGUCUUUAUGAGGUGGCCCACUGAUGUGUGGAGAAUGUAUUUUUAUAGUGAUGAUGUAAAUUAUAUGUCUAUAGACCAAAUAUGUCAAGCAGAUUAAAAAAAUGAAUUCCAUAAAAGCAUUGCCUCCUUUGUUGCUGGGUGGAAAUCUUAAAUGUCUUUAUCUGC